UAUUCCACCCGGGGCUGCUCCGUCCUCCUGCGCUCCAGCCUCCUGCAGGGACCGCAAGGAGGGUUAGUUACCUCCUCCGCUCUGGUCCCCUCCGCUGCGGAAAGAGGAGACGCUGUGAGUGGGAAAAACAUGCGUCAGGUCGAGCAUAACUGAAUAUCGACGCCCAGGGACACACACCUCUUCAGGCUUGCUCAGGGUUCACAUUUGGUGCUCAGACAAAUUCAAAAUGAGGAAACACCGACAUUUGCCCUUAGUGGCCAUCUUUGGCCUCUUUCUCUCAGGCUUUUCGUUAACUCGUGCCCAGCAACAAGCAGCACAAGACUCUGCUGACAUUAUUUUCCUUAUUGAUGGAUCAAACAACACCGGAAGUGUCAAUUUCACAGUCAUUCGCGACUUCCUUGUAAAUCUCCUUGAGAGACUCUCAGUUGGAACUCAGCAGAUGCGAGUGGGGGUGGUCCAGUAUAGCGAUGAGCCCAGAACCAUGUUCUCCUUGGACACCUACUCCACCAAGGCUGAGGUUCUGGAUGCAGUCAAAGCCCUUGGGUUCAUUGGUGGGGAGUUGGCCAAUGUCGGCCUUGCCCUUGACUUUGUGGUGGAGAAUCACUUCACCCGGGCAGGAGGCAGCCGAGUGGAAGAAGGGAUUCCCCAGGUGCUGGUCCUCGUAAGUGCCGGGCCUUCUAGUGACGAGAUCCACGACGGGGUGGUAGCACUGAAGCAGGCUAGCGUGUUUUCUUUCGGCCUUGGAACCCAGGCCGCCCCCAGGGCAGAGCUUCAGUACAUAGCUACCAGUGAGAACUUGGUGUUUACUGUCCCGGAAUUCCAUAGCUUUGGGGAUCUCCAGGAGCAAUUACUGUCCUACAUUGUUGGUGUGGCCCAAAGGCGCAUUGUCUUGCAACCGCCAACCAUUGUCACACAAGUCAUUGAAGUCAACAAGAGGGACAUAGUUUUCCUGGUGGAUGGCUCAUCGGCAUUGGGAGCACCCACCUUCGCUGCCAUCCGCGACUUCAUUGCCAAAGUCAUCCAGAAGCUGGAAAUCGGCCAGGAUCUUAUCCAAGUGUCAGUGGCUCAGUAUGCAGACACCGUGAGGCCAGAGUUUAAUUUCAACAGCUAUCCCAGCAAGAAGGAAGUCAUUUCCGCCGUGCGGAAAAUGAAGGCCAUGGGAGGCUCAGCCCUGUACACGGGCUCCGCUUUGGACUAUGUUCAGAACAACCUGUUCACUAGUGCAGCCGGCUACCGGGCCGCUGAGGGGGUUCCCAAGCUCUUGGUGCUGAUUACAGGCGGUAAGUCCCUGGACGACAUCAGCCAGCCAGCGCAGGAGCUGAAGAAAAGUGGCAUCAUGUGCUUUGCCGUUGGGAGCAAGGCUGCCGACCAGGCUGAGCUGGAAGAGAUGGCGUUUGACUCGUCCCUGGUGUUCACCCCAGCUGAGUUCCUACCCACCCCUUUGCAGGGUAUGCUGCCCAGCUUGCUGGCACCUCUCAGGACCCUCUCUGGAACCACUGAAGUUCACGUAAACAAAAGGGAUAUCAUCUUUCUCUUGGAUGGAUCCUUCAACGUUGGAAAGACCAAUUUCCCUUACGUGCGGGACUUUGUAAUGACCGUAGUUAACAGCCUUGAUGUUGGAAGUGACAGUAUCCGUGUUGGUGUAGUGCAAUUUAGUGACACUCCGGUGACGGAGUUCUCCCUAAACACAUACCAGACCAAGUCAGACGUGCUUGCGCACCUGAGGCAGCUGCGGCUGCAGGGGGGGUCGGGCCUGAACACUGGCGCCGCCCUAAGCUAUGUGCACGGGCACCACUUCACCGAAGCUGGCGGCAGCAGGACCCGUGACCGCGUCCCGCAGCUCCUGCUCCUGCUCACGGCCGGCCAGUCUGAGGACUCCUAUUUGCAGGCGGCCAACGCGCUGGCCCGCGAGGGCGUCCUGACUUUUUGUGUAGGCGCCAACCAGGCGGAUAAGGCCGAGCUCGAGCACAUUGCGUUUAACCCGAGCCUCGUGUACCUCAUGGAUGAUUUCAGCUCCCUGCCGGCUUUGCCUCAGCAGCUGAUUCAGCCCUUAACCACAUAUGUUAGUGGAGGUGUGGAGGAAGUGCCGCUCGCCCAGCCAGAAAGCAAGCGAGACAUUCUCUUCCUCUUUGAUGGCUCAGCCAACCUCCUGGGCCAGUUCGCUGCUGCCCGUGACUUUCUCUACAAGGUUAUUGACGAGCUUGAUGUGAAGCCAGAUGGGACGCGAAUCGCCGUGGCUCAGUACAGUAAUGAUGUGAGGGUGGAGUCCAAUUUUGAUCAGCACCAGAAUAAGCCUGAAAUCCUGAACGUUGUGAAGAGAAUGAAGCUCAAAACUGGCAAAGUCCUCAAACUGGGCUACGCCCUGGACUACGCACAGAGAUACAUUUUUGUGGAGUCUGCUGGAAGCCGGAUUGAGGAAGGGGUGCCUCAGUUGCUGGUGCUGCUGGUGGCGGGAAAGUCUUCCGAUAGUGUGGACGUGUCAGCACGCAACCUGAAAGAGACAUCUGUAGUGCCUUUAGUCUUACAGGCCAAGAAUGCAGACCCUGCCGAGUUAGAGCAGAUCGUGCCGUCCGCUGCCUUUGUCCUCACUGCAGAGUCGCUUCCUAAGAUUGGAGACCUCCAACCAGAGGUUGUGAAGUUCGUAAACCUGGUGAAAAAUGGGGUGUCGACACCAGUUUCAGGUGAAAAGGACGUGGUUUUUCUGCUGGAUGGCUCCGAUGGUGUCAGGAACGGCUUCCCUCUGUUGAAAGAGUUUGUCCAGAGGGUGGUGGAGAGCCUGGACGUGGGCCCAGACCGGGUCCGUGUGGCCCUGGUGCAGUACAGCGACCGGACCAGGCCCGAGUUCUACCUGAACUCCUACAUGGACCAGCAGAGCGUGAUCAGUGCCAUCCACAGGCUGAGCCUGCUGAGGGGGCCGACCCCCAACACCGGGGCCGCCCUGGACUUUGCCCUGAGGAAUGUCCUGACUAAGACUGCCGGAAGCCGGAUAGAGGACGGCGUCCCCCAGCUCCUGAUCGUGCUCACGGCUGCCCCGUCUGGGGAUGACGUGCGGGGCCCCUCGGUGAACGUGAAGCGGGGCGGCGCCGUGCCUAUUGGCAUCGGCAUCGGCAGCGCCGACACCGCGGAGAUGCAGACCAUCUCCUUCAUGCCAGACUUUGCGGUGGCCGUGCCCACCUUCAGGCAGCUGGGGGAUAUCCAGCAGGACAUCUCCCAGAGAGUGACCCAGCUCAGCCGGGAAGAGGUGACCAGGUUGCGGUCAACCAUGGUCCCUCCACCGAGCCCAGGUGUCGGCAACAAGAAGGAUGUGGUCUUCCUCAUCGAUGGGUCCCAAAAUGCUAGCCCUGAGUUUCAGUACAUCCGCAACCUCAUUGAGAGACUGGUCGACUCCCUGGACGUGGACUUUGACACGACCCGGGUGGCAGUCGUUCAGUUCAGCGAGGACCCCACUGUAGAAUUCCUGCUGAAUGCUCACUCCAGCAAGGACGAGGUGCAGAAUGCGGUGAGGCGGCUGCGGCCCAAAGGUGGGAGGCAGAUCAACACUGGGCGUGCCCUGGAGUACGUGGUGAGGAACAUCUUCAAGAGGCCACAGGGGAGCCGGAUCGAAGAGGGCGUCCCUCAGUUUCUGGUCCUCAUUUCGUCUGGGAAAUCUGGGGACGAGGUGGGCGACGCGGCAGUAGAGCUCAAGCAGUCUAGGGUGGCGCCAUUGGCUAUCGCAAGGCACACGGACCGGGAGGAGCUGGUUCAGAUCUCCCUGAGCCCUGAGUACGUGUUCUCGGUGAGCACCUUCCGGGAGCUGCCCAGCCUGGAGCAGCAACUGCUGACCCCCAUCACGACCCUGACCUCAGAGCAGAUACAGCGGAUUUUGUCCAGCACCCAGUAUCCUCCAACUGUUGAGAGUGAUGCCGCAGACAUCGUCUUCCUCAUUGAUAGCUCUGAUGGCGUGGGGGCUGACAACAUCGCACAUAUUCGAGAUUUUAUCAUGAAGAUUGUUCGAAGACUCAGUGUUGGCCCCAAUAAAGUGAGAAUUGGGCUUGUGCAGUUCAGCAACGAAGCCUUUCCUGAGUUCUACCUGAAGACCUAUAAAUCCCAGGCCUCCGUGCUCGACGCCAUACAUCGCCUGAGGUUCAGAGGAGGGUCUCCGCUGAACACUGGCAAAGCUCUGGAAUUUGUGGCAAGAAAUCUCUUUGUCAAGUCUGCUGGGAGCCGGAUAGAAGAUGGUGUGCCCCAACACCUCGUUCUGUUUCUGGGUGGAAAAUCCCAGGAUGACGUUUCCAGGUUUUCACAGGUCAUACGCUCCUCGGGGAUUGUGAGUUUAGGGGUUGGGACCCGAAACAUCGACAGAACAGAGUUGCAGACCAUCACCAAUGACCCCAGACUGAUCUUCAUGGUGCGAGAGUUCAGAGAUACCCCCAAUCUAGAAGACAGGAUCCUGAACGCAUUUGGACCCUCUAGGGUCACUCCUGCCCCUCCAGGAAUGGUCACACCUUUCCCACCUCGGACAGAUACAAGGAAAGCAGAUAUUGUGUUCCUGUUGGAUGGUUCCAUCAAUUUCCAGAAGAAUAGUUUCCAGGAAGUGCUCCAUUUUGUGUCCGAAAUUGUGGAUACAGUUUAUGGAGAGGAUGCUUCCAUCCAAAUCGGGCUGGUCCAGUACAACUCGGACCCCACUGACGAAUUCUUCCUGAAGGACUUUUCCACCAAGCAGCAGAUUAUCAGCGCAAUCAACAAAGUGGUCUACAAAGGGGGGAGACACGCAAACACCAAGGUUGGGAUCGAGCACCUGCAGCAGUAUCACUUCGUGCCAGAGGCUGGCAGCCGCCUGGAUCAGAGGGUCCCUCAGAUCGCAUUUGUGAUCAUGGGGGGAAAGUCAAUGGAAGAUGCCCAGGAGGCGAGCCUGGCACUCACCCAGAGUGGUGUCAAAGUGUUCGCCGUGGGCUUGGGGAACACGGACUCCGUGGAGGUUGGGAAGAUAGCGUCCAACAGUGCGACGGCGUUCCGAGUGGGGAACGUCCAGAAGCUGUCAGAACUGAAAGAGCAAGUUUUGGAAACUCUGGAUGGUGCAAUGCAUGAAACCUUAUGUCCGGGUGUGACUGAUAUUUCCAGAGCUUGUAACCUGGAUGUCAUUCUGGGGUUUGACGGUUCAAGAACGCAGAACGUGUUUGUGGCUCAGAAGGGCCUCGAGUCCAAGGUGGAUGCCGUCUUGAAUCGACUCAGCCAGAUGCAGCGACUCAGCUGCGGGGGCGGCCAGACUCCCACGGUGCGCGUGGCCGUGGUGGCCAGCACGCCCGCGGGCCCCGUGGAGGCCUUUGACUUCGCCGGGUACCAGCCCGAGCUGCUGGAGAAGUUCCGGCACAUGCGCAGCCAGCACCCCUACGUGCUCACGGCCGACGCGCUGAAGGUCUAUCAGAGCAAGUUCAGGCAGGCCUCCCCCGACAGCGUGAAGGUGGUCAUUCAUUUUACUGAUGGAGCAGAUGGAGAUUUGGCUGAUUUACAAAGGGCAUCGGAGGCACUCCGAGAAGAAGGUGUCCGAGCUCUGAUCUUGGUGGGCCUCGAACGCGUAGCCAACAUGGAGCAGCUCGCGCAGUUGGAGUUCGGGCGAGGAUUUGCGUACAACAGGCCGCUGGGAGUGAACUUGCUGGACCUGGAUUAUGAACUCGUAGAGCAGCUGGACAACAUUGCCGAGAAAGCCUGCUGUGGGGUGCCCUGCAAAUGCUCCGGAGAAAGGGGUGACCGAGGGCCCAUCGGCAGCAUUGGGCCGAAGGGUAUCUCUGGAGAAGAUGGCUACCGAGGUUAUCCUGGUGACGAGGGUGGACCCGGUGAACGGGGUCCGCCUGGCGUGAAUGGCACUCAAGGUUUCCAGGGCUGCCCCGGCCAGAGAGGAAUAAAGGGUUCUCGCGGGUUCCCAGGAGAGAAGGGUGAAUUAGGGGAGAUUGGGCUGGAUGGCCUCGACGGUGAAGAUGGGGACAAAGGAUUGCCUGGUUCUUCUGGAGAGAAUGGGAGUCCCGGGAGAAGGGGUGACAAAGGACCUAAAGGAGACAAAGGAGAAAGAGGAGACGCUGGAAUUAGAGGUGACCCGGGUGAGUCAGGACGGGACAGCCAGCAGAGAGGACCCAAAGGAGAAACGGGAGACAUUGGGCCCAUGGGUCUCCCUGGGAGAGAUGGGGUGCCUGGAAGUCCUGGAGAACCCGGGAAGGAUGGCGGCUUUGGACGAAGGGGACCAGUGGGAGCUAAGGGCAACAAGGGUGGUGUUGGCCAGCCGGGCUCUGUGGGAGAGCAGGGGACCCGAGGUGCGCAGGGCCCGCCUGGUCCCACCGGCCCUCCAGGCCUGAUCGGUGAGCAAGGCAUCCCGGGGCCUCGGGGAAGUGGAGGGACCCCAGGUGCUCCUGGAGAACGUGGCAGGACCGGGCCCCUGGGAAGAAAGGGUGAGCCUGGAGAUCCAGGACCAAAGGGAGGACUCGGGAGCCGGGGGCCCCGUGGGGAGACGGGAGAAGACGGGCGAGAUGGAGUUGGCAGUGACGGACGCAAGGGCAAAAAAGGAGAAAGAGGAUUUCCUGGACACCCUGGUCCAAAGGGAACCUCUGGUGAGCCAGGAACAGGGGGAGCUCCAGGCCCCAAAGGCAUCAGAGGCCGAAGGGGAAAUUCAGGACCUCCAGGCACAGUUGGACAGAAGGGAGACCCUGGGUACCCAGGACCAUCUGGUCACAAAGGCAACAGAGGCGACUCGAUCGAUCAAUGCGCCCUUGUCCAGAGUAUCAAAGAUAAAUGUCCUUGCUGCUAUGGGCCCCAGGAAUGCCCCGUCUUCCCGACGGAACUGGCCUUUGCUUUAGACACGUCUGAGGGGGUCACCUCAGAUGCGUUUGGCCGCAUGAGGGAUGUGCUCUUGAAGAUCGUGGGCGACUUGACCAUUGCUGAAAGCAACUGCCCGCGGGGGGCCCGCGUGGCCGUGGUCACCUACAACAACGAGGUGACCACGGAGAUCCGGUUUGCUGACUCCAAGAAGAAGUCCGCCCUCCUGGAGAGUAUCAGGAACCUUCAGGUGUCUCUGACAUCCAAGCAGCAGAGUCUGGAAACCGCCAUGUCCUUCGUGGCCAGAAACACGUUUAAGCGUGUGAGGAAUGGAUUCCUGAUGAGGAAGGUGGCCGUUUUCUUCAGCAAUAAGCCCACGAGGGCGUCCCCACAGCUCAGGGAGGCUGUGCUGAAGCUGUCGGAUGCUGGGAUCACGCCCUUGUUCCUCACGAACCAGGAGGACCGGCAGCUCAUCAACGCUCUGCAGAUCAAUAACACAGCAGUGGGGCAUGCACUCGUGCUGCCCUCCAGGAGAGACCUCACGGACUUCCUGAAGAAUGUCCUGACGUGUCAUAUUUGCUUGGACAUCUGCAACAUCGACCCGUCCUGUGGAUUUGGCAGCUGGAGGCCCGCCUUCAGGGACCGGCGAGCUGCGGGCAGCGAUGUGGACAUCGACAUGGCUUUCAUCUUAGACAGCGCUGAGACCACGACUCUGUUCCAGUUCAACGAGAUGAAGAAGUACAUCGGGUACCUGGUCAGACAGCUGGACGUGAGCCCCGACCCCAAGGCCUCUCAGCAUUUCGCCAGAAUAGCAGUUGUGCAGCACGCACCCUACGCGUCUGUGGGGAACGCCAGUGUGCCGCCUGUGAAGGUGGAGUUCUCCCUGACUGACUACGGCUCCAAGGAGAAGCUGGUGGACUUCCUUGGCAGCAGGAUGACACAGCUGCAGGGCACCAGGGCCCUGGGCAGCGCCAUUCAAUACACUGUAGAGAACGUCUUUGAAAGCGCACCCAACCCGCGUGACCUGAAGAUUGUGGUCCUGAUGCUGACAGGCGAGGUGCCGAAGUCGCAGCUGGAGGAAGCCCAGAGAGCCAUCUUGCAGGCCAAAUGCAGGGGCUACUUCUUUGUGAUUCUGGGCAUUGGCAGGAAGGUCAACGUCAAGGAGGUGUACAGCUUCGCCAGCGAGCCAAACGACGUCUUCUUCAAAUUGGUGGACAAGUCCACGGAGCUCAACGAGGAGCCUCUGAUGCGCUUUGGGAGGCUGUUGCCGUCCUUUGUCAACAGUGAAAAUGCUUUCUACUUGUCCCCAGAUAUCAGGAAACAGUGUGAUUGGUUCCAAGGGGAUCAACCGGCAAAGACUCUUUUGAAAUUUGGUCACAAACAAGUAAACAUUCUGAAUAAUGUUACUUCAAGUCCUACAUCCAAACCACUGACCAAAACAAAGCCAGUGACCGCCACAGAACCAGUGACCACCACAACCAAACCAGUAACUACGGUAAACCUGCCGGCCCCUGCAAAGUCAGUCCCUGCAAAGCCGGCCACCACGAGACCUGUGGCUGCCAAGCCUGAGACUGCGCAGUCGGACACGGUUAGACCCGCAGUGGCAGCGAAGCCUGUGGCAGCGAAGCCAGCAGCAGUGAAACCAGCAGCUGUAAGACCUCCCACUGCUGCCAAACCAGUGGCUGUAAAGCCUGAGGCCCCCAAGCUCCAGGCAGCUCGACCGGCCACCACCAAGCCAGCUAUGGCUAAGCCCAUGGGGAAGCCUUCUGGAGAGGUCCAGGUGUCUGAGAUCACAGAGAACAGCGCCAAACUCCACUGGGACAGGCCGGAACCCUCCAGUCCUUAUUUUUACGACCUUACCGUCACCUCGGCCCACGAUCAGUCCCUGGUUCUGAAGCAGAACGUCACUGUCACAGACCGCGUCAUCGGGGGCCUGCGUGCUGGGCAGACGUACCACGUGGCGGUGGUCUGCUACCUGAGGUCUCAGGUCAGGGCCACCUACCGAGGAAGUUUCAGCACAAAGAAAACUCAGCCUCCACCUCCACAACCAGCAAAGUUAGCUGCUAGUUCAACCAUCAAUCUAAUGGUGAGCACGGAACCGUUGGCUGGUAAUGAAAGAGAUAUAUGUAAGCUGCCAAGAGAAGAAGGAACUUGCCGGAAAUUUAUUUUGAAGUGGUACUAUGAUUCUCAGACCAAUAGCUGUGCGAGAUUCUGGUAUGGAGGCUGCGGUGGAAACGAAAAUAGAUUUAAUUCACAGAAAGAAUGUGAAAAGGUUUGCGCUCCUGGGCUUGUCAACCCCGGAGUCAUCAAUGCAAUCGGGACCUAAGGGUGGCUGACCCGUGACACAUACCUCUUGAAGAAGAAGGAGUCAGCCCUUUGCAAGCCGUCUUCCUAGAAGCUCUGGGUGUAGACCCCCUGGCACUGUACCAUUUCAUGUUUCGACUCACAUUGGAACUCGGGACGAACCGUUUCAUCACCUGACCAAUCGAUGUGGUGCUAAGUGUGUCUGGACCCAACGCUCUUUGUCUCCAGGCAGUAAUAUCGUAUACUUUGAACGUUGUGUAAUAGUUAUCCACUGCUGGUGUGUAUGUGAACAUUCCUAUAAACUCAAAUUCCGUCUGGAGUUUCAUGUUAUGCCUGUUCCGGGCAAAUGUAAGUUCUAGAAAAUAAUCCCAACUUCACAGCUAGUCUAUAUACUUCCGCUUGGUUCGUUUUUUUUCCCCCUCUUAAUUAAGCAUGACUUUAGAUGGAAGCCUGUGUAUGGUGAAUAAACAAGUGCCCAACUUUUCCAUUUUUCUCCCAAUACCCUGGAUUAAAUUUUGAGAGCAUUUUCUUUUUCUAAAGCCUCUAACAAACGGUCGCAUUAGAAGGAAGCAAAAUCUCUUAAUCUCUGUGCACUGUUACGGGACCAAUGCCGUCAUUAAAGAAUGAAAAGAAAAUCAUAAUAGAGAAUAUUUUUGGCAUUCCUCUAAUGUUGUGUGUGUUUUUAUUUUGUGCGGGGGAGGGGGGUUUAAUUUUAAUUUUAAAAUUUUUAGGAAAUUUAUACAAAGAAACUUUUUAAUAAAGUAUAUUGAAAGUGUC